AUGCUACUCACGAUGGCAAAAUCGAACUCACAAGAACCCGAUUCCGUAUCGCUCGAUAAUAACGGCAACGGUAGAAAUGGGACGACUACCGUAGGCCUGUCCUAUGAGACUGACAUUGACAAAGCGUCGUUUGCCCAGUUCAACGAAUGCCUGUUGAUGGGCAAUCGCGGCGAGUGGCAGCAGGCGAAGACUGCUUUGGAAGGCCUGCUCAUGGCAGUGGGAGACCGCGUCGAGGAAUGCCACCCAUUCAUUCUCGACUGCAAGACGAUGCUCUAUCGAGCACUGCAAGAAAUCCCGGAUCUCAAAGCUGCCGAGUGUUUGUGCUACGAGGUGUUGCAAGUCAUGCGACGGCAUCCGAACGAAGAUCAUGCCAAAACACUAACUUGCAUGCUCGACCUCGCGAGAAUCUUCCACAAGCAAGGAAACUAUGCACAGUCCGAAUUUUUGCUAUCCGAGCCGUGUUGGAAGAACCUAGCUGGAGACAAUCCUCUAAGGUAUGAGUGUCAGCGUCUGCUUGCUUUGACCUACAAAGAGGCCUGUCGAUUUCAGGAGGCCGAGACGUUGAUGAAGAGGGUAAUAGAGGAAGGAGAGAAGACAUUGGAAGGCGACGAUACUCGUUUGCUUAGGUUCAAAAACGACCUGGCAACCAUUUUCUACGAUCAGCAUCGAUUUGACGAGGCAAAGACUAUCUUCACGGAAGUGAGAACAGCAAGAACGCGCGUCUUAGGGUCACACCAUCCUGAUACACUCGAUUCUACAGCCGAUCUGGCGGCCGUGUAUCUUCAGCAAGGUCGUUGGGAUGUUGCGGAGCAACUGCUGUCCUCCAGUGCGGCCAUAUCCAAGCGAAAUCUUGGCAAUGAUGGUCAGACAACGUUGAUCAUCGAGGAGCUUUGGGCCAAGGCUCUUCAGAGCCUCGAUCGUCACGAAGAAGCAGAGAAGAUUCUGCUGCGAUUGUUGAACCAAUGGACGCACAGGGCAGGUCAGGGUCAUCCGAGGACACUAGGCUGCAUGGCCGCCCUAGCGCAAACGCAUCAGAAGCAAGGACGGUAUGCGGAAGCGGAAAGACUGCUUGGACAAGUCGUCGAACUCGGGACGGAGCACCUUGGGGGAGAACACUAUCAAACGCUGAUCGGCAGGUGUUUCCUAGUCUAUGUGUCCUAUCGUCAAGGUCGGUAUCGGGAUGCGAUCAGACUUGGAGAAUCAUGCCACGCGGAGAUGGAGCGGGCACUGGGAAAAGAUCAUUACUACACCUUGACAUGUCUUUCCCACUUGGCGUUGGCAUAUCGUCAGGAUCAACAAGACGGGAAAGCAGAGGAACUGCAGAUUCGAAUCCUGGAUGCCAGAAGAAACACGAUUGGAGACGACCAUCCUGAGACUCUGCGGUCGAUGAUCAACCUUGCUACUUCCUAUGGGCAAACUAAGAAAUAUGAAGAGGCAAGACAGCUCGCGGACGAAUUUUUCAGCCGUGCACGUAAAGCGGUGGAUGAAAAUCACAGCAUCUUCGUCGAUGGCGUGGCCGAACUUGCCUUGGUGUUGAGGAACACCGCGUGGUCAGAGCAGGCUCUGGGCUAUUUCAGGCUGGUCAUAAAUGCGAGAAUGGAGAACCUGGGGUCACAGCACCCUGAUACCAUCAGGUCCAUACACAAUCUCGCCAUGGCCCUCUACGAACAAGGCAAGGCGGAUGAAGCGCUACCUCUAAUGGAGGAAGCAACCGACGGGGCUUUGAAAAAUAUGCAGUAG